CUGGACGUAACAAGCAAAAAAUGCCUUUUUCCGAUUUCCUAUAAACACUUAGGAUGCAGUGCAAUCAUCAUCUACGGGGAGCCACAUGCUCUCAAAGUGGCAGUUCGUUAGACUACAGCAGCGAUAUAAACGCUAUUAGCGUGGAACUGCCGGAUGCUGAAGAUAGUCAAUCAGUCAAUGGAUUGAAGUAUUUACCCCUCUGGCCAGCGGUAAACAUUGAAUUUUCUGGCCUGACCUACGAAGUGCCUGAUCAGCGAAAUGCCCAAAAGACAAAACAAAUUUUACGUGACGUGAAUGGCGAGUUCCGAUCUCACGAGCUAACCGCGAUCAUGGGACCAUCCGGAGCAGGAAAAACAACGCUAUUGAAUUUACUUGCUGGAUUUGGGUCGAUUGACCCAUCUGGUAAAAUUCUGGUCAACAGCAGCCCACGCAACAUGCGAAUCUUUCGCAAAAUGUCACGAUACAUUAUGCAGACAGAUAUACUCGACCUGCAGUUCACCGUGCGAGAGCUGAUGCUCUUAGCGGCUAACUUGAAGCUAGGUAAUGAAUUAAAAUUAGCUCAAAAGCUGGAAGUGAUCGAAGAAAUCUUGGGCAUGUUGCGCUUAACAAGUGCACAGAACACAAAGGCAGAAAAGAUUUCAGGUGGAGAGCGAAAACGGCUUUCGAUAGCGCUGGAGCUGGUUAACAAUCCACCUAUUAUUUUUUUGGAUGAGCCAACAACUGGCCUGGACGACCUUUCGAGCUCACAAUGCAUUUCACUUCUGAAAAUGUUGGCAAACGGCGGCCGCACCGUCAUCUGCUCCAUACAUACACCUUCCGCCAAGAUUUUCGAAAUGAUUGACAAAGUGUACGUGCUCGCUGAGGGUCAGUGUAUUUAUCAGGGGAACGGAGCGAACAUUGUGCCUUAUAUGAAUCACAUCGGACUAUCCUGUCCGCUCACGUACAAUCCAGCCGACUUUAUAAUCGAAGUAGCGUGCAAUGAGUACGGCAACAACUAUCACGAACGCAUGGUGGCGGCAGUGAACAAUGGAAGAGUGGGACGAUGGGUUCCACCAGUUGUGAAUGGCAAGGAUACACCAACAAAGUCGGAUACAACAUCUGGCGCAUCCUCAUACAGUGAUAUGGAACAGUUCGAGGAGGAAAUCAGCCCGAAAUUGCUUAUAUCCAAAUCCACCUGGUGGAUGCAGUACAAACUGCUCCUCUCACGAAUGAUGCUUCAAAUGUGGAGGGACAAAUCCUACAUCAAGCUGAAAUUUUACAUGAAUAUAAUUCUUGCGUUGCUCGUUGGCGGCCUCUAUGAAGGAGUGGGACGACAAGCAUCGAAAGCUCUAUUUAAUUUUGGAUUUAUGUUCACCAUUGUCAUAGCUUAUUUGUAUCUGCCCAUGAUGCCAGUGCUGUUACAAUUCCCCACUGAAAUCAAACUCUUGAAACGCGAAUAUUUCAAUCAGUGGUAUCGAUUGAGUUCUUACUACGCCGCAAUGAUCUCUGCGAAGUUACCCUUAAUGUUUGUACUUGCCGCCAUCUAUUUAUCAAUUGUGUACUUAAUGUCUAGCCAGCCUUUAGAAUGGUUCCGAUUCGCCAUGCUGUUCAGUAUAGCAUUCCUAACGGCCCUUACCUCAGACAGCUUUGGCCUUAUGAUAUCUAGUAGGCUCAGCUUAGUGAAUGGCAUGUUUAUGGGGCCUGUUAUUGCCGUUCCCCUCAUUCUACUUUCUAUUUAUGGCAUGGGGUACGGUAAGGAUACGUACAUCUCACCUAUUAUGCGCUUCUUGAUGUCCCUCAGCUUCCUACGUCACGGCCUGGAGGGUCUAGUAGCCGCUUUAUACGACUACGGGAGAGGCGAUACAAUUUGCGAUACCGAAAUUUUCUGCAUGUUUAAGAAAUCGCAAUUUUUACUAGUGUUUCUAGGAUUUGAGAACAUAAGCUAUUUGUGGUCUUUGAGCUGCUUAUUUGGAUUCUACAUUGCCUUCACAGUUGCUGCAUAUCUGUUGUUACGUCAUCGGUUAAAACAAUCGGUUGCAAAUCCGAUUAUAACUUAUGUCACGCAUAUUCUGACGAAAUAUUUCAAUUUCACCUCUUAUAAAUAUUAAAUACUUGACAUCGGG